AUGCGCUCGUGCGUGACCCGGGCGGCCUUCGCCAAAGACGAGGGGCUCUUCAAAGCAGCGAAGGCCUGGCAGGUCUUGUCGAAUCUCUUGGCCAGUCCAAGUCAUUUCGACCUGGAACUCUAUGAUUCCUUGCCCUCGGUUGAAGGGACUGACACUUUCAUCAGCCACUCUUGGUCAUGUCCCGCUUGGAUGAAAUAUUUGGGGAUUUGCUACUACUUGAACUUGGACCUGGCGGUUGAAGCAUCGACUUUGGCAUGUGUUCUGGCCGUUUCCAUGCUCCUCUUCCGCUCGUCUGGAUCCAUCACUGUUGUAGCGCAGGAAGGGCAAUUUUUGCUCAUGGGCGCCUUGAUUCUUUUCCCCGUGGCCAUGUUUCUUCUCAUCUUCUUCUUCGGGCAGUUUUUUUGCCAACAGUCCUUCUGGUUUGACCGAAUCUGUGUGAACCAAGCGCACUCUGCGGAGAAAGCAAAGACUUUACAAGGGAUUCCAGCCUUCGUGGCACACUCUCAACAGAUGCUGGUGCUUUUGGACUCCACGUAUUUUGAGCGAUUGUGGUGCAAUUACGAAGUGGCGAUCGCGGCAAAGACUUUCAGAAAUAUCCAGUUGGUGCCUGUUUGGGAGCCAGUGUUCACCCUAGGGCUAUUUGCCAUCGGUCUUUUCGGUGCUCUCUCGUAUUUUGGAGCACCAGAGGAACCCCGCAUCGAUGCAGAUGGAGACUUGCGGAGCUCUCUGUUUCAAAGUGUGGUGAUCUACUACUAUGUUCCCUGGUACAUCUGCUUGUGCUUGGCACUUCCUACGGCCUGGCUUAGCUCUCAGAAGUUGGCUCAUCACAAGUUGAUGCUGAAACAGAUUACCAGCUUUGAGCUGCGAGCUGCGAGCUGCGCUUUGGCCUCGGACCGGGAGAUCAUCGAAGAGCAGAUCAUGGAGCUCUUCGACGAGGCCUUCGAACCACCAGUGUCAGUGUCCUUUCAGGAGUCGAGCUUCGACGAUGGUGGUCAGGCCAGUCAGGUGGUCUCGCCAGAGAGCAUGCGUCUCAUCCGCCAUGUCACCAGCUAUCCAAGCAAGGAGGAAGUGAUGCAGGAGUUCAAUGCCUACAUUCGAGGUCCCCUGCACCUGAAACUGCUGAGCUUGCUUGGCAGUGAGGUGGAUGUCCCUUUGAAGCUUUGUGUCAUCGGGACGGCGCCUUCCAUCCUCUUGUGUCUCACCCUCCUGUUGGGCUGCAAUGGCCAUCAUGAUUGUGACACUGCGGCUGCACGGCUGGGCUAUCCUUCUGUUACCCAGUACAUGCUGGUCAAUGUCUUGGUGGCAAUCCUGUCUCCGCUCUAUAUGGUGAUUUUACUCCCUUUGACUCUCCGGGGGACUGAACAGGUGGCAAAGGUGCUUUCUCAUCGACUUGAAAUUCUCUGCAGCACCCUGCUGGUGGCUUUGCUGUUGUAUUUGCUGGAUCUGGUCAUAGGCGCCUGGGCUGGGAGCUUUGCGGUCGUGGUGAUUGACUUCAACUUAUUCUGGCUGAUGGGCUUCAUGGCCUCUUCCCUCAUCCUGGGCUUUCUGGUGUGGCACUUGCACUUCGCUCGGCGCCCGUGA